AUGGACGGCUACCACCGUGAUGUCAGUGCUCUCUUUCCGUGGGUCGGUCCUACGAUCAUAAGGAUCAAGGUGUUCCGAAGAGCGGAGGUUACCGAUGAACAUGGGAAUCCAGGAUUGGACUUCAUCUUCGUCGACGAACAUAGGGAAGUUUCGAGGUUCAAGAUCACAAGCGACAACUGGAUCAAGAACGAAAACCUGAUAAAUAAGCACGAUUACGUUAUCAUUCUCAGCAAUGAAUCUGUCGUCAAGACGCUUGAUCCUCUCUCCAAUAACCACUUCUUUGAAUUCAAAGAUUUCGCUGACGUCAUCAAUGGAAAACAUAAUGUUUUACAUUCUCUUGAUCUCAUCGGAGUCAUCUCAUACAUUGGAAAACUCUCUCCUCCGAGCAUAUCAAGUUAUCGCCGGAGGUCCAUUCCAUUCCAAAUUAAAAACGAGAGGAACAUCGAGCUAUAUUGCAUAGCUUAUGGGGAAUUAGCUGAGGAUUUGUACGAGAGUUGGAAAAAGAUGAACCGUACAAACAUCGUAGCGGUGAUAAGAGAAUGGAAAAUCACAAAAUCAGAUGGUGAGAUCAUCGUAAUCGAUGCAGGAGGGCUCUCAAGCUUUUGGUUCGAUCCAAGCAUUGCUGAAGCGGAAACAAUUAUAAAAAAUAUAAACAAGAAAGAUGACGAUACAUAUCCUUCUUCACUGUUUAUGAAAAAUAUCAGCGAAAAGAUGGCCGCAGUACACAUAGAUUAG